AGGUUCGAAAGGAGUUUGAGAGAGGAAAGCAUAUCAAGAUAUUGUUGUAAUUCUUUUCAGGCCACAUAUAGCUUUGAAAAGAGGCGGAAGCACUUGAAUGGACGCCAAUGUUGACAUACAGCACGGAUGUCUGACAGUCAUUUACGAGUGAUAUUGCAGCUCCUAUUGAACGCGUUCGCGGAGUCGGUUUUGGAGUGGACUUUAUUUUUAGGCACACCGGUGUUAAGAUCAGUGCGAUGAUCACCGAUCUCACCGAUCAAUUUGGAUCGGGCAGUGCGAACCGAAACGAAUUGAUAACCGGGGCCCGCCGGCUCACCUUUGCCGCUGACCCACCAAACAUGAUGUGGAUCUGGCUUUUGUGUUUUUUCUCAUAUAGUCACCACAACACACGCGUCCCUUUCAUUCUGCUUCCAUGUCCGCCAUGGGUAAUAUCUGGUCCCUCACCUCUCAAAUGUUCCCUCCUAAACCAAAAUGGUCCAUCGACGAUAUCCCAGAUCUGACAGGCAAAGUCGUCAUUGUCACCGGCGGUAAUACCGGAUGUGGAAAAGAGACUGUCAGGGUGCUACUUUUGCACGGCGCCAAGGUCUACUUGGCCGCUCGAAGCGAGGGGAAAGCUAGAGAGGCCAUCGAAGAUCUGAAGAAAGAGACGGGAGCUGAAGCCAUAUUCCUGCCUUUGGAUCUCGCAGAUUUGGUCAGUGUUCGUCGUGGUGCUGAAGAGUUCCUUUCGAAGGAGAAGCAGCUCCAUAUCCUAUUCAACAAUGCCGGCGUUAUGCUUGCACCGAUGGACAUGCUCACCAAGCAGGGCUACGACCUUCAAUUUGGUACCAAUGUCAUUGGUCACUUCCAUUUCACUAAUUUAGUGUCACCUGCACUUCUCGCGGCAGCGACGCCUACCGAGAAAGCACGGGUAAUCACUACGUCCUCAUCCGCUAAUUAUAUGGGCACCCUGAACUUUGAUAUCUGGACCGACGGGCCUGCAAGGAAUAAGAAGGCCACAGGCGAUAUGUAUGUGCAAAGCAAGCAUGGCAACGUCGUUUUCGCCGUUGAACUCGCCAGGCGUUACGGGGCGCAAAAUAUAAUCUCCCACUCUCUGAAUCCAGGUAGCAUCCGUACCGACUUACAACGCCAUCUCUCCCCGUUCGCCAAUAAGAUGCAAGAUAUCUUCCUCUUCCCCGUCUCUAUGGGCGCAUUGACUCAGCUUUGGGCUGGAACCUCGCCCGAGGCAGGACAGAUGAAUGGCGAGUUCAUGAUUCCAUGGGCAAGGCUUGGCAAAGCUCGUAAAGAGACGGGAGACCCUGAGGUGGGUAAGAAGUUGUGGGAGUGGCUUGAAGCACAGUGCAAGGACUACUAAUUCUUGCCUGCAUCUCGUUUCCAAACUCUUCAUUGAUACCACAUACUAGAUUACAACUAGAACAAUAAUGUAUGCAGAGUCUUUGUUCAAUGAUACCAUAGUUCAAUAUGUCCGGA